UAACUGUCCAUACCUAGGAAAAUAAAAAUUUAAAUAAUGAUAAAAGUGCCUUGGAGAAUAUUUCAAAUAUUUUUAAUACCAAUACCAGAAAAACGAUAUUAACAUCGAAAUGGAAAAAAAUCCAACAUCUCUCAAAAAUAAGAAAAACAUAUCCGCCACACCAGAUGUCGACGAGAAAGAUUCAAUGCCAAACUUUAGUCAAAAUCAUGACACAAAACAACGUCUCAUAACUGGCAGUCAUUACCAAGGAGUGUGGCAAAAUGCUCUACAAUGUCCUGAUGGUUAUGGUACCUACACAUAUCCCGAUGGCAGUGUAUAUAAAGGAUAUUUUAGUCGGGGUCAUUUCAAUGGUUAUGGCACACUUCAUCUGGCUGAACCCUACAAUUUUAGCUUCCGCGGAACUUUUCUGGAUGGUGUGCUUCAUGAAAUUGAAGAUAUGUGGUUUGAUGAUGGCCUUCAUGUUAGUGGAAGAUUUCACAAAUGGUGCGGCGAUUUUUCUUCCUGGAAAUAUUGCUGCAAAUUCGAUCGUCGUUAUGCCAUUGAACAGGCCGAAGGUUUACCGCCAGUUGGCCCCUAUUCUUUUCUAACACCCGAACAACCGCCCAGAAGGGUGCCCGCAAAUUAUAUUGACGUCGAAGAGGGUCUAUACAAUACCAGGACAGCAGUGACAAUACAACGUCCUUUGCCAUUUAAUGAAUUACAAGUUGUAGCCUGUAAAGAUGAAAUCCAUUGGAUAUUGGAAAAUUGUCGCAAACCAUCUCUGCUGCCUCAAGAGAUCUCCGCAAAUGUUCGCCAACAAAUAAUUAAGAAUAAUCUGGAUGGCGAAAAAGAGUUAGCUGAACAUGAUCCUUGCUGUAAUUAUGAAUCUGCCAGAGAACGUAAACGUUAUUUUGCCAAAUUAUGUGGUAAAGAAGGAAGAGAAGCUCAUCGUGGGAUUCCAUGUGGUGACAAGCAAUUCGAAUCGUUUUCCGAAGAUUCCAUGGGAAGUCGUCUGCGAGAUAGUUCGUCUAUCUGUGCCACAGGCAGUUUAUCUGAUCAAAACAUAACCGUUGAUGUCCAAGAGUAUUUAGAAAUAGGACGGCAAUAUGGUAAUAUGAAAUUGGGCCGUAAUUUGGAACGAGAAGCUUUGUGUUUGAUGUCCAGGGCGGUAAGGAAAUCCACAACGUAAAAUUUGAAGUACAAAUAGAGGUAAAGAAUAAAUUUACACAUAAACUCUAAAACCAUGAAAAAUUUAUAAUUUCGAAAUUCAUAUUCUCAAAAUGUCCUAUAUUUGUGAGCGAUUUGGCAUAGAUCACCUUCAAUUUCCAAUUUAUUUGUCUCUCAAUUAGCAUUUUAAAGUUCUCAUUGAAUA